AUGACUGUUCGUGUGGUAUCGUAUAAUUUGUUAGUGCCAAUAUUAGCUAAUCGACCAGAACAUUACUGUAAAUGCCAAACUCAAUUUCUUGAAACUGACUAUCGAUGGAAUUUAAUUCAAUCCGAGUUAGAACAAGAGAUUACCAAUCAUGAAGAUACAGUAAUUUGUCUUCAAGAACUAUCUCUUUCUUGGUUACUAAAACUUGAAUUAUUUUUUCGUCGAUUAAAUUACAGUUUCUUUUAUAACCUUUAUGGUGAACGACGCAAGGAUUAUAUGGGUGAUGGCAUGGCAAUUCCAUUUUCGAUGCAACUCAAUUCUAUUUCGAUGAUCAAAAUUGGAGAUCAUAUACGAUCGAUCAGUAAAUAUCGUGAAAAAAAAGGAAAUAUUUUAACAUGGGGAUGGGAUCUCUACCAGUCUCUCAUGAGCAAAUUCAUAGAUCCGGUAUCGGAUCCUUGGCAAACUGCUAUGAAUAGAUCCAAUAUUCUUAUUUGUUUACAAGUCGUGAUUGAUAGUAAACCAUUGUAUAUUGGUACGUACCACAUGCCUUGCCUUUAUAAAGAACCCCAAGUUAUGGCAAUACAUUCGUCGGUGGUAAAAGAUUUGAUGUUUCAAUUAUCAGCUGGUCAAGAUUUUAUUCUAGCAGGUGAUUUUAAUAUUCAACCGUCGAGUGCCUGUUAUCAAGCUUUAACAAAAAAAGGUUAUAUGCAUCGUAAUUUUCCAGAAUCCAGCAAUUAUGAAAUCUCUUAUCAACCAAAUAGUGAACAAGUACUGAAGAGUGCCUAUCAAGAGAAGAACGGAACGGAACCUGUUUAUACAGAUUUUUCUUAUACACCACAUUCACCAAACUUUUGUGCUACACUUGAUUACAUAUUCUUUAAUGGUCAUCUCUUGGUGGAAAAAGUAUUAGAAUUACCAGAUCAUCCUACUGGUGAAUCUUAUCCCGAUGAGACACAUCCUUCAGAUCAUUUGAUGAUUGCAGCAACAUUUCGAUUAUUAUAA